AUGGCUAUAAUGAGUUGUUUCGAGCUUCCAGUGCAGCAGCCCGAUAGGGAUAUGUCAGUACAAGAAUUCAAGGUGUGGAUUAAGCAAUUCGACAUGAAUCAUGACAAGCGUAUUAGCCCUGAAGAAUUAACAGAAGCACUUGAGAGUCUACACAUGUGGUUCAGCUCAUGGAAGGCUCGUCGAGUCAUGAAGGAUGCUGAUGCUGAUCAUACAGGAUUCAUUGAUAACAAGAAAGAAGUAGAGAAACUGGUCAAGUAUGCCCAACAACGCUUGCACAUGAAAAUCCAUCAAAACAUUAUGUACAACCAAAACUCAGCGGACCACAAAGGUUUUGGGACUCCUAUGAGUCCUCGAAUCUCCUUCUCUAAUGAUUUUGUCGAUUCAUCUCAAAUAAUGAGGAACUAUAGGGAUGCCCCUGUUUCCUCUGACUUUGAAUUCAAUGUCACUAAUUAUUCCAUGAUCACUGCUGACCAACUUUUUUCCAAAGGUAGAUUGUUGCCCUUCAAAGAAACUUCAUCUCAAAAAACUACUCUAAGAGAUGAACUUCUUCAUGAAGAUAAAGAUGAUGAUGUGUUUUCCUCUAGGCCCCCUAAAAGUUCUACUAGGUGGAAAGGACUUUUAGGCCUUAAGAAAUCUCACAAAAAAGUUGAUAACAACAAUCAAGGCUCCUUAGGAAAGAGGUCAAACGUAGCUCAUCAAGAUAUGGUUCAUCGAACCAACAAUUCACAGGAACCAUAUAAUGGGGCUGGUGGAGGAUCUAGUAGUAGAGAUGUGGAGUUUCGUUUUAAUUAA